CUUUGAUAACGCGUAACGGUUAUAUUAUUUUUUUCGUGUAAUUACUCAUACUAAUACUAAUUAGUCAUUUCUUUUAGUGAUAUGGUGUGUUCAGUGAUCGCCGUUUCGUUCCAAUCGUUUCAUUCGAUUGUCUGGUAAACACUAAACGUGCGUGUGGUGUGAACAAAAUACAGUCUUGUUAAUAAGUCUCUGUUAGUUAUUAAUUAUUAUCAUCAACAUCAUCAUAAUUAUUAUUUUUGUUAUUUAUUAUAAUUUAUAAUCGCAACUCGUAAGUGUGAACAACUUGGACGCUUGUCCAUUAUCAAAAUGCCACCCAUCACUCGACAUCAGUUAAAAAAAACCGGUUUAAAAACCGAACCUUAUUCUAAAGAGAAUCGUCCAUUAGAUAGAAGAGCUGCUUUGUUAGAUCUUAUAACAAAUAAUGGUACUAAAACAACUAACAAAUUAGAAAUUGUCAAAGAUGAUAAUUUUACGAAGACUGAAAAGACAUGUAAGGUCACACAAGAAAAAAAAGAAAUUUCUCAAUCUAUUGUUAUUAAGAAACCAGAAACCCGUUCAAGUAAAAAAGAAAUUGCACGUUUGUCUUUAAAUAGUUCAGAAGAUAGUAAUCUAUUUAAAUCAACACUUGAAGAAACAGUAGCUUCAAGGCAUUCUGCAAAAUCUGAUGAUCUUUAUACAACUGCUGUUGAUAACACUCACAGCUCCUCUCUUGAAAUCAAUCACUCAGAUUUAUAUCACUCUGCUGCACAAGAAUUGAGUGUUAAUAGUAAUGCAGAAGAAAUAUUUGAAAUAGAUCAGGCCAGUUGGAAUAAUUUCAUUUAUGUGGGUUGUUAUGCAAGAGAUAUUAUAAAAUAUCUCAGACAAAGAGAAGACCAUUUCAUUGUUACUGAUUAUAUUAGUAAUCAACCUGAAUUAACUGCAAAACACCGAGCAAUUGUUGUUAACUGGUUAGUCAGCCUGCAAGAAAUGUAUGGUUUAAAUCAUGAAGUGUUGUACAUGGCUGUCAAACUAAUUGAUCUAUAUUUAAUGGAAAAUGAAACGUUACAAAAUAAAUUUCAACUUUUGGCCUCUGGAGCAUUAUUGUUAGCUACUAAGAUUGAUGAGAGGGGGGAGCCAGGUUUCCCAUAUGACCUAGUCAAACAUAGCAAGUACAUUUAUACAGAAGAAGAAUUAUUUGUUACAGAAAGAGAAUUAUUUAGAGCUUUAAAGUAUGAAAUCAACGUUCCUCUGUCUUAUGUAUUUUUGAGGCGAUAUGCUCGUUGUAUGAAAUGUCAAAUGAUUUUAUUAACAUUAGCAAGAUAUAUAUUGGAAUGCAGUUUGUUAGAAUACAAAUUUGUGACUUUAAAGGAUUCACUGAAAGCUGCAGCAUCCUUAUACUUGGCAUUUAAAAUGUGUAAUAAAGUAAUUGAAACAAAAGAAUUCCUUAAAUAUACAGAUUAUGAAGUAACGACAAUAAAAGAAACAGUAAUUGAAUUAAACAACAUGUUGCAUACUCAAACUUCAAAUCUGUCUGCUGUUAAACAAAAAUAUUCGCAUGAGACUUUUUUCAAAGUUGCUAAUAAGUCAUUAUUAAGCAAUUCCAAACUUACUUUUGACUAAACCAGGAAUAUUCAGCAUAUUUGGAAAUAAAAUGCAUUUUUGUUUAGUUAUCUACAAAUAUAAUAAUCAUUGUUUUUUUUUUACUUUAUUUUUUUAAUAAGGUUUUUUAGACGGGUACACUUAUUCAACAAAUUACACAUAUUAUAUAAAACGUACAAUGUAUAUUAUCCAUUUAAAAUUGUUUUGUAGUUAAUCACUUUAAAAAUAACUUGAACAAUGAAACUAUCGUUAAUUUAUAUUUAUAAUUACUGUUUUAAAAUGUUAGAAUAUACUCAACAUGUACUUAUAUUAUACGUAUUACAAUUUUUUUUUCAUAUCAGACUGUUGUACUGAUUACACAAUAAAUGUUUUAUUUUUAUCAUAUUGAUAAUGUUAUAGUCUGAUGUGAACGAAAUAACCUUUAAUUUGUAUUAUCGCCUUUCAUCCCACUUCGAUUAAAAAAUUGUAUAUCGUAGUAUAUAAUAUGUAUUUUUUUUUUUCAAUAUAUUGUAAGUAACUAUAUUAUAUAAAACUAUAGUUGUAUUGAACUCCUCUUUUCAGUGUUAUAUUUUUGGGUAUUCAUUUUUGUACUUGGGUAACUAUUUUGUAUUGUUAAAUUUAAUUUUAAUAAAAAAAAAAUUAAGUCAAUUAUGUUGUUAAUCAAUGACUAGUUUCAUUUUAUUUUAGUCAUAUUUAAUCAAGGAAUGGAUUUAUAUGUAAAUAAAUAAAUAUUUAUUAAAAUAAGCUAUUUUAAAUCUGAUAGGAAUUGUGCACGUUUUAAAUUAUUCUUGUUAAAAUAACACCAAUUUAUUUCAUAUUUUUUGCAUGUUUCUUACAUUUUUAGUUUCUUUUCUUUUUGCAUGUUUGUAAUUUAUUAGUGGAUAUAUAGUGUGUAUACAAUAAAAUAGAUUAUCUAUGAUCUACAAUAUCAAUAAAAUUAGAAACUAUCACUUAUUAUUGGUCAGAUAUAAAAAAUUGUCAAUGUGUAUAAAUGUAGGUUAAAAAUGUAAUCAGUAAAGACUGAAAUUAUAUAUGCUUAUUGGUGAUAUUUUAUA